AUGCAAUUCAAACAAAUACCAGUGAUUAUUGUUAAUCAAAGUAGAUCCUUGGCUAAUUUAAUUUGCAAGUAUUUAAAAUUGACAGAAACAACAACGCAACAUAGAGACGAUUCCACUAAACAUGAACACGAGAGCAAGAAUACUAAUCAUCUACCGAUGCUCAAUCAUUAUUUUUCAGAAAAAAUUUUGAAAGAAGUGUUUUAUCCCUUGGGCAAGAUUAUUGUGAAUAUUUAUAAAGACUUACAACAGCUCUAUAAUUAUCUUCUCUGGUUUGCAAAAUGUUUAAAAUCGUCUUGUCGAGAUUUUAUUCAUGUGUUCGAUUUCAAGCCAACAAGUUCAUUGCAACACACAAUUUACAAUUCUUUAGUUCAAGCACGAAACAAUAUGCCAGAAACUAAGCAUAAAUGUCCAGUGACUACCGAUGAUCAAAUGUGUAUGGCACUUCGCUGGAGUAUUACAUAUGUCACUGAUGAUGUAUUAACGUUAAAUGCGAUCGUUUGGAAAGAUAUUAAAAAGGUAAUACUGUUUUGAUUAUUCAUGUAAAUGUAAUUCUUUCAUUUUUUACAGGUCAAACAAAAUCGAACAUUACUAAUCGAUGCACUCAACAAAAACUUACAAGUAUUCAUCAAUAAUUUGAUCAAGCUUGAUAUUGAUCUUGCCGAGUUAUUUGUUCCUAUCAGUGACCUAGAAAAUGGACAAGCAAAUUCCUCUUGGGAACAAUAUCUAAAGGAGGUAUACUCGAAUAAAAUGCGUAUAAAUGUAAGAAUAAUUCAUUUUUUGUUUUUUUGUAUUGUGAAUAUCACCAUCAUAAAAGAACAUUUAUAUUCUCUUCUUAGCAUGAUCGACUCUAUCUUUUGGAUAGGAUAGACACAGCAAUUAAUUUCAGCGAAGAAAAACAUUUAUCAAUUAUUAUCAAAAAAUUAGUUGGUGAUUUCAUGAAACCAAUUUACAAAUCGAACAAUUCAUUUAAAUCGAAUUCAAAAAAUUUUGACACCGAUAAUAUGCAAAAACAGAAAGAUGCUGAAUAUAUUUAUCGUGAUAUUUUUCUCUGGUGUAUUUUGACACAUCGAUUAGAAAUGGCAAAAAUUUUUCUUGGUCAAAUAAAAACUCGUAUAUGUUCAGCAUUAAUAGCUUCAAAAAUUUU